CUAUCGUCUAAAAAAAAAGUCUAGUCAAGAAAAUAGUGUGUGUUUUUGUAUGCCCUUUAGGUUGACGUUGUUGCUAUCGCCAUUCACUUUGCGAGUAGUGUGAGUUAACGGAAAGCAUUUGCGUUAAUGGCCAACCUGUUGGCUUUUUUGACAGCUCUAAUAGACGCAAUAUUGCAAGCCUUUACCAAAAUGACGCUACCUCCGGCUGUAUUUCCCGAACAGAAAAUUAUGAAAUUUCCUUGGAUUAACAAAUUCGGCAAAUUUACAGAAAUCUUUUGCCAAUUUUGUACUUUGCCUUCGGAGUAUUGCCGAUAACCAAAAUCGCCGUAUCUAUGUACCAUUACCAUUACCACUGACAACAAAUUGUCCCUUUCCUUUCUACUAUUUCCUUUUCACUAACCACUCAGUGCGCACACGCGGAAAUGUCAAUGAAUUUUUUGUUGUGGAGGGUUUUCCACUCCCGCACUUCAAUAGCGAUAACCGUAACUUUUUGACGUUAGUGCAUUUGCGACAGCAGUUAGAGGUGGCGGCCAAAUGGCAGCAAGAAGGCAGUAGGCCGGAAAUUUCAUUGGUCAAAGCAUUCAGCUGUCGCAUAUUAACUGCAAAGUGCAUUUAUACAACAACAAAACAACAACAACAACAGAAAUGCAAACAAAUUAUUUUCAGUGUACAUUUGCAGAAGUUGAACGGUGAAAAAAUGCUAACAAAUCGAAAAAGUGAACAGUAAAGUGCAAAGUAUUUAUGGUGGUUUGAGAAACGAAAAUGCAUCAGUGCAAUAAAAAAUAAUAAACAAAAUAAUACAAAAAAGACUUUGAAAUUCAAAUAAAUGAAAAAAUGAAAAAUAAGUUACUUAAUGUGUAAUUGCAAUGUUGUUCGCCUGUCCUGACCACUUUUAUACACGUUUAUCAUUAGCACCAGCAGAUGCAGCGGCAGCUUGCAGCCGCAGCGCCAGUAUAUGGUCACUAUCGAAUGAUAAAUUCCUUUGCAGUGCAUCGCAUUCUGCUGCAUUGCUGGAAUAAGUAAACAAACGUUUGAGGAAAAAGAUUCCAAUAAAAAUUUACGAAGAGCAAUGCUAUUAUAAUAUUUGAGAUACUGGGGUGCCCAUAGCACAACUGCAAAAAAAGAAGAAAACUAACCAAAUUAGUAGUAGCUAAACAAAUCUAGUUAUGUUGAGCGCUAAUAACACACAACAGUCUCAGCAACAACAACAACAACCACAAUCAACACAGCAACAUCACGGUCAACACCAGCACCAACAUCAGCACCAGCAUCAACAACACAAUACACAGCAACAUCAGCAACAGCAUCAGCAGCAGCAGCAGCAACAUCAGCAACAACAACAGCAAACACAACAAGUAUAUAACGGCGACUUGAACUUUACCACAUUUGCUGAACUUUGCCGCCUCUGCUCGAUACGAAAUGGUCCCGCCAAAAUUCAUCUAUUCGAGAAGGAGGCGGAGCAGAGGAAUUUGGUCUACAAACUGCGCACGCUAAUGUCUACGAAUAUAUCCAAGGACGACUACCUUCCGAAGAAUAUCUGCGAAGAGUGUGUGCUUAAAGUGGAACAACUCUUCGAUUGGCGACAAUCGUGUUUGCAGAUUGAAAAUGUAUUGCAGAACUAUGCAGAUUCGAUGAGAGCGGUGACGGCGACUAUUAACUUUCAGGACGGUACCGUUAAUAUGGAUAAAAUGACGGUUGCCCAAAAAAAUGCAUACCUUGAGGCGCACAUGGCUGUACAACAACAAAUGGCGCAAGCAGCAAUACAAUUUAAGCAGCAACAACAACAACAGCAGCAGCAACAGCAACAACAACAAACGUCCACAAAUUCUUCACAACAACAGAAUUCACCCACAACCAACAAUAAUAAUAAUAACAACACUAAUUCGUCGCAGCAGCAGCAAUUGCAACAGCAACAACAACAGCAACAGCAAGCACAUUACGCCAGCACGAUUAAGGUUCCACAAAUAAGUUCCUCUAGUUCGGGUGGCGCUGAGAGCACUUUCACAGUACCCGACGAUGUGGGUAUGGGCUUCGAGGGCGGUGUACGCGUACUACAGAGCUUAGGCAGUUGGUCGCCGGAUAAUGUUACCUAUAAUAUACCUAAACCAAAUUUAAUACCAUUUACCGAACCGUAUGUUGAGGGUGGUUCCAUGCAUCCGGCUAGUCGACUAAAGGCAUUGCAACAGGUGCAGCAGGCCUCGUCGGGAGUGCGUAAAACAAAUCCAUCUAAAAAUCCAAACAACAAAGCUUUCGAAUGCACUGUGUGCGGUAAAGGCCUCGCCAGGAAGGAUAAGCUGACAAUACAUAUGCGCAUUCAUACGGGCGAGAAACCAUAUAUUUGUGAAGUGUGCAAUAAAGCAUUCGCUCGACGCGAUAAACUUGUGAUUCAUAUGAAUAAAUUCAAGCAUGUGACGCCAACGAAUAUAGCGCCCUUGGGCAAGCGUCUCAACAAUAUGGUGAAAAAGAAAGAGCCCGAACCGGAGGACAAUAAGCAAAAUCUGGAAUUGCAACUGCAACAACAGGCCGUACAAGUGGCCACCCAGAAUAUUAUAGUGCAAACGACCAGCGGCCAGCAUAGUACACAAACCACAGCCAUACCAGGCAUCAUCAUACCGCAUCACCAUCAGCAGCAGUUGUCAUGGACUUGUGAACUAUGUGGCCGUAUGUUCUCGAGUCGGGACGAGUGGACAUUGCAUGCCAAAAGCCAUCUAGAGGAACAGGAAACAAUGGAGGAAAUAAAAGCAACAGCAACAACAGCCAAUGCAACAAAGCACCACAGCUUUCAAACUGAGUCCAAUGAAAAUGCAAUGCAGGCCGAGGCACGUAGAGAGAAAAUCAUCAUACAAAACCAGAUGAUUAUAAGUACACAACAACAGCAGCAACAGCAACAGCAGCAGCAGCAACAGCAGCAGCAACAGCAACAACAGCAGUCGAUUAUUAGCAAAAAGUUUAAGAAGCUCACACAAGCAUCAAAUUUAUUUUCCACUACAGCAGCUGUUUCAAAUAACAACAACAAUAACAUAGGCGGUAGCAAUAAUAAUAAUAACAACAACAACAACAAUAGCAACAGCAAUCGCGCUCAAAAUGAAAUUUCCCAUUUAUUUGCACACUCCCCCACGGCAGCUACAUACGUCCAAGCGCAACUAAACGGCAUCAAUUUUACUGCAGAUAACCAAAAUGUUGCCGCCAACGUCAACGACGUCAACAACAUCACCGCCUCAGCUAAUAACAGCACCGUCAACGCCAAUAUCAACACCAUUUCAAAUACCAAUAUCAACUUAAACGCCACCAUCGCCAGCCAAACAACAAGCAACACUAACAUUGUCGAUAGCGGCAACGGUGCGGCCGGUGUACCGGUCGUCACCUACAAUGGCAAUCAGUAUUGUGUAAUCACUCGCAAUGAUGCAGGCGCCGCAGAGAAAUCGGAAUUGCUACAAAUUCAUGGCCAAUUUACCACCGACAAGGAGGGCAAAACGAAUAUCAUUCUGAUGUCGCCGGUGUCGACGAUGCCCGUUACGAUGCCGAUGCAAAUGCAGAUGCACGUGCCAAUGCAAGUGGAGGUGCAAAAUCCAAACUGAAUGCGAAAUGGGUGGCACCACAGCCGGCUGUAUGGGGUGUAAGGCAUUGAGCCGAAAUGGCUUAACAGGAAUGGAAGUAGUGCAUUUGUUGGCGGUAAUUGUAGGAAGCCAGAAGGCAGCGUGGAAAAACAGCCAAGGCGGGACAGUCGGGCAGCCUGACAGCCAGGAAGGCAGAGUGAUUGUAAACGAGUAAUCGAAAUCAACAAAUCAAAUGGUUUUCCAAAUUUUUACUUUUUAGCUUAAGUGGAAAGCAUUAAAUUAGAGUGGAAAGUAGUAUAAGAAACAAGUUAAGAGAUGUGUACCGAGCAUGUAAAUAUUAUACCCAACGCAUACAAGCGCGAUAUAAUUGCAGUGAAAAGGAUUCAUAUUUAAACCCAAUGGAGGCUAUAGGAAUGUUGAGCGCCCGAAAACACAUAAAUGUUGUAAAUUAUUCACCGCUAUUUAAACGAUUAUAUCGAAGAUCGAUUAACCGGCGAUUCAAAGUUAAAUUUUUCAUUUUUUUUUUUAAGAGUAUAUACAGGAAUAGAUUUAAAUCAGUUAUCGCCCUAAAUAUACAUUUUAUAAAAAUAUGCGUAAAAAAUGAUUUAGAAACUUGGGAAAUAGAUAUUCAGAUAUGUUUCGGGGUUUUUUCUGAAAAUUUUUUGGGGAUUUUAUUUUUAUUUGCAGGUUUUUCCUGGACCUUUUAGGGUUCAUUCAGGACUUUUCAUGUUUUAUUUUGAGCUGAAUAUUCCUGAAAAGCAGCGAAAUAAUAGUCCCUCGAACCGAGAUUUAAAAAAAAAAAACACAAAACCGUCUCUGAAAAACCGAAGAUUAACGAAUCAUCAUCACAAAUAGAAAAAGCAAAAAUUUCCGUUUAUUUUCUGCAUGAAAAAUAUCAGACCACGUUCCAAAAUAUACAUAGGAAUUAUAUUCGUUAUUUCAUUCUCGAAAUAAAAGAAGUUAGAGGUUUAAAAUGGAAAACACUGGCACAUUUUUCACCAUGCGUUUUUGAUUUCAAAAUCUAAAUACUAUUUUUUAUAUUGAAAUGAUAAAUACCAAAAUAAAUCUGUUAUGAAAACAGUUUGUACUCAAAAUUGUUCCUCCAACAGGUGUAUAAAGUUCCUUUUCCUUUGUCCGAUUAACACCCAAAAAAGUAUUGUUUUUUAAAAGCAAACGCUCCACGGAAAUCUGUGGCAAUCUGCCUAGUGUUUUUCAGCCAAGAAAAUAACCUCCGACACUGGGUCUAACGUCCUCACCCGCAGUGAAAUAUGUUGAACAAAAGCCAGCCGGCUGGAAAUUUGUUAGUUUCUAGUAUCAAGUAAAAACUUUCGUGUGAUUCCAAGUUGUCCAUCCUCAGCUGCCGAGUAGACUGGAUUUUCUCACGCUAUAUGCAUAUGUAUGUAUAUUAGGAAGCGAAUAUUUUUUCUGAUAACCAUGUAGAGUUUGUAAUAGGGAUCUUUUUUCUUUCUUUGUAUGAACAUUGUUUGGCCUCAGCUUCAGCCGAAUCUGCGUACUCACUAUUAGUGAUUGCUAAUGAGCUGGCUAUACAGAGAACACUUAGAAAAUUUUACAAGCUUAACGAGAAACGGGUGGAAAACUUGACAUGCAAAGACCCAAAAACCUACUCCUAAUUAUUAUUCAAUUGGAAGCAGUGAAAUAGGCUUCUGAAGUAUUGUUAUGAGAAGAAUUUUAUCAUGAUCCGCAAGGACCUUGAAACUAGUUCUUUUUGCCGUCUCACCUAAUCUAUCCUAAACAAACAUAACCUAGUCAAAUUACUCGCGUCUUUAAAAUAUAUUUAAAAAACUACUUAACUUUUGGUCCUUUCGAGUUUUAAAGUUAUUUUAUAUCUUGUAGUGCGUAUCAUAACUUUGCGACACUCAUUGACAAGAUUUCACUACUUAUUUUAUUAUUAUUUAAAUUAUUUUUUUAUAAAAGUAUUAAUAAAGUGCAAGUUUAGGGUA